CAAAUGUCAAUUUAGUUUAAAUACAAUUUUGAUCUUCAGGAACUAUUAAGAAACUCAAAAACAUUUUUUGACUUUGCGACUACAAUAUGUGGGCAAUUAAAUACAUGUAAAUAAACUAAGAAAUUUAGAAUAUCCAAAACUUCUGACAUGGCUGUAUGGGCACAAUACCCUUGUCCUGCCUUUAAAGGAUAAACAAAAAAAAACUUGAACCUAAUAAAAAUAUUGAAAUGAAAAUAACGCUACCUGUAAAAAAUAUUUAAUAAUAUGUUGACAAAUCAAUGAAAUAAAAAUUAAACUUUACAUUUAAACAAAAGAAGAACUACAAUUGAAAAUUUUGUAACUAUCAAUUUGUAAACAUAUCGUAAUAAAAUGAAACCCACAAUAGACGUAGAAGCACUACGUACAGAGCACGAGUCGGACGAGCAAUGGGAGGUGCGUCGUAACUUCAUGAUGGAACAUAAAGAUGAUUUUGAAGAGUCUGAACUUAUUACAUUGGCACAACUAUUCACAAAUAUCGAGUUUUUAGGCUGCAGAUACCCACCACAGACCAUGAAGAGGAUAGCGAAACUCGCUGAGAAGGUGUCAGCGAAGUACAGGGAGAGUAGGAAGAACAAGUUGAAGAGAACCUUCGUUGAGGCUAGCGACGCCGCUGAGCAAAAGGCAAAAAGGACGUACAAUAAUAAAUAAAAAAAAUA